ACGUUGUCCCCUUGGAGUACGCCAUUACGAUAAGAACACCCAUUAAACACCAAAUCUACCAUUCGGGGACUAACCAUAAAACCCAAACCUGCGACAUAGGGGAGGACGGGCACACGGACGCCAUCCAAAGGAGACAAUGGGAGGACAUCAAAUAAUAACUAUUUCUCAAAUUAAAUGGAGGUGUUUUUUUUUCUUUCAUGUGAUGUGAGAUUUGAUUUCUGAGAAGCUUCGUGCAUUCAGUGCCGAUACAGUGUGUUGUUUUACUGCCGGUACCAGGCAGCACGGAGUGCUAGGAAUUCUUCUUUUGAGGUGUUUCAUUAUUUGUUAUCUUAAGUCACCUUCGAAAUAUUAGAUCCCGCUUUUAUUAUUGAUAUAUUAAGGAAACACUGAUCUCAACACAUACACUGCACAUUGCUUUAUAUUUCGAUUCGGAUAACAAAAAUAAUGAAGUGAUUUCUGACGGAUUACAUAAAGAACUGUGACUAACUUGAUUCUAAGGAUAAGUGUAAAUCUAUCAGUGGAUUGUGAAAUCACAAAUAUUUCGGAAGGAUAAUUUCUUGAAGUUCAUUUAUUCAAUAAGAUCAACCCACAGCGUGUGCUAGAAGUUCCUUCCUCCGAAUCAAUUCUUCACAUGGUGACGGCCACUCGUCUUGGCUUCACUUCGGAUGCCCCAUAACGCUUGUGGGGGCCUCGGACACGAGGGAGAUGUACAGCCAGGAUCCUAGACAUGGGUAUUCGGCGUCACACAAGGGUUAUGCUGGGGGCCUAUCUCCUCACCUGCUGCAUCUACGGUAACUUCCUAGCUUUGUCGUCUGUGGUGGCGCUGAACGCCAAUAUCAUUUGCAACAAGAUCCCCACUCUGGCGCCCAAGCAGCGCCUCGUGUGCAAAAGUAGGCCAGAUGCUUUCAUUGCUAUGGGGGAAGGUGCCAAACUCGGGGGCGCCGAGUGCCGCUUCCAGUUUAUGAACAUGAGGUGGAACUGUACCAGCAUCAACGGAGACAAGUCCAUGUUUGGAUAUGAAGAACUGGGUGCCACCAAAGAGGCGGCAUUUAUAUAUGCCAUCACGUCUGCUGGUGUGACCUACGCCAUUACCAAAGCUUGCAGCACCGGCAAUCUUUCCAACUGUGGCUGCGACCAGGCCAAGAAAGACGGGGAAGUCACCUCGGCCGGGUGGAAGUGGGGCGGGUGCAGCGUGGACGUGAAGUACGGGUUGAAGAUGGCCAGGAAGUUCAUGGACGCCAGGGAGAUCGCCAAAGAUGACCGGGCACUGAUGAACCUUCACAAUAACCGGGCAGGCAGGAAAGCUGUCAAAGACAACAUGAGCACAGAUUGCAAAUGUCACGGAGUUUCCGGAUCCUGCACAGUCAAAACCUGCUGGACGACGCUUCCUCCAUUCAGGAAAAUCGGCGACGCCCUGAAAAAGCGCUACAAAAAAGCCAAGCUUGUGGCAUCCUACGUGGGCGGCAGGUCUCGGCAGCCCAUCUCACUUAUUCUUAAACGUUCCAAAAGACCUCACCGGAAGCCCAGGCGAAGCCACCUGGUGUUUCUGAUUCCUUCGCCUAACUAUUGCGACUACGAUGAGAGCGUUCGUUCUCUGGGCACGAAAGGUCGCUCCUGCAACCGGACUUCUAACGCCUCAGAAGGCUGCGACCUGAUGUGCUGCGGGAGGGGAUAUAACACGCACCAGCACACGCGCAACUAUAAGUGUUCCUGCAAGUUCCACUGGUGCUGUCAAGUGCAGUGCGAAAAUUGUAGUGAAAGAACCGAGCAAUAUACUUGCAAGUGAGAGCGAUUGACAUGGAAGUUGAAGCAAUACACUUGCAAGUGAGAGCUAUUGACAUGGAAGUUGAAGCAAUAUACUUGCAAGUGAGAGCUAUUGACAUGGAAGUUGAAGCAAUAUACUUUCAAGUGAGAGCUAUUGACAUGGAAGUUGAAGCAAUAUACUUUCAAGUGAGAGCUAUUGACAUGAAAGUUGAAGCAAUAUACUUUCAAGUGAGAGCUAUUGACAUGGAAGUUGAAGCAAUAUACUUUCAAGUGAGAGCUAUUGACAUGGAAGUUGAAGCAAUAUACUUUCAAGUGAGAGCUAUUGACAUGGAAGUUGAAGCAAUAUACUUGCAAGUGAGAGCUAUUGACAUGGAAGUUGAAGCAAUAUACUUGCAAGUGAGAGCUAUUGACAUGAAAGUUGAAGCAAUAUACUUGCAAGUGAGAGCAAAUGGCAUGUAGGUGAAAGCAAUAUAACUUUGCAAUGAAAAUUUUACGUGAAAGCAUCGUGUUGGUGAUUUUCACGUUAAAUUUUUGAUUGUGAACAAUGUCAGAUACACUAUAUUUAAAGAGCUUACGUUGCCAACUAAAUAUGAAAGAAUACAGUUUAGAAAUGGGAUUUUACAGUCCUACAAAGUGCAGAAAAAAUCGUAUAGCUUCUAGAAUGCAUAGAUAAUCAACACUUCCUAUCUUCUAUGCACCGGAUAUAUCAGAUAGCUCAUUAUUUAGGUCAUACGCCGUAGAUGAAACUCUGCACUAUAUAAAAAUCUAUGACUUUCAGCUUUGUCAUUGAUUUGAAAACUGAAGGGUCUUCAAACACAAACUUUUAAAAUCAACCACAUUUAUGUUGGAAGGAUUUUAAGUUUAUUCUGAGAAAUAAUUGUCACUACAAAUGGAAAUUUUUAGCUGCAACGAAAUGUCACUUCACUGAAUAUUAGAAACAGUGCCUGCUCUCAGUUUGAUGACACCCGCUAACCAACUCGCUUUAUCACCGAGGAUGAUCUGAUACCUAAGUUUAUGUUAUUAAACGAUUUCACCUCAAUCAUAGUCAUACACGGAUAAGGUAGUAUCAACAAGCCAUUAUCACGAACAGAAACCCACUGCAUUGUGAAAUCUGGACAUUAUGUAAAAUAAACUAAGAAGAUUGCUACCCAUUAUUUCCUUAGACGUGGCAUUGAAAGAUUGGAUUUGUCUGAUUGAUUGAAUACUACCAAUGUGUGAUCUAUUUAUAACGCUGUGUUUGUAUGUUUGAUAAAAUGUUUACCGUUUGAUAUACAUACCAAACCUCACGUCAAUGACAGUAAAUAAUUUUAGCUCACUAAAUAAGUCCUACUGUAUAUUAUUUCUAGAGUUCAAAGCUAAUACAUUAAUACCAUGUACAAUUCAUUUGGCAACAUAUCGCAACUCCAGGUUAUUUUGAAUAUAAGUAUAUAAUAAUAUGCAAAUUACAUUUAUUGCAUGUAAGCAUACUUUGACCUUUUCAUGCUUAACAUUUUAUUGUAUACUGAAAAUUACAAUUUACUAUAUAUAUAUCUAUUCGUAUUUUUUGAAAAGGGUGCAUGCAUUUAAAACAGUCAUUUCACAAAGCUUGCAUUAUAAAAUGACAUAAGUGCACCCGUCACUAGCAGAUCCAGAACGUUUGAGGGGGGGGGGGCCCUGGAUCCGCCAGUGCCACCCCUCCCCAAGGGCCAAUGUAAUGAACGAGUACAGCGCAAUGUUAAGUAACAAAGGGCUCUGUUGAGAAAGUCUCUAGUGUACUCGGGCAAUGACCUGGCUGCGCAUCUAUUGAGUCGACUUCUGUAUAUAUUCUUACCUUCUCCUUGGCCAGUGUCGCGUGGAUAGUGGCUGAGAAAAUGUUUUAUUUAUUAUUCUAAUUUAUGUGCAACAUUAAUUUUUUUUAAAGUGAAAUGAACGAAUUAGGGAGUAUUGAGUGACAGAUUACACAGCUGCAAACCCAAAGACCUAGUUCAAAUCUUUACUCAUCUUAGACGUCACAAUUUAAAACAAAAAUAUCGCCGCAAAUAGACAUAAAAAGAUUUUCUCUAGUAGAUAUUUUGUAAUCCACUUUUGAUACAGGCACGACCAUCAGUUCAUACUUUGUUAGCUCAAUAAUCUUUAGUUUGACCCGUGUGUUAUGGUCUAAUCUCACUUGGGGAAAGGAGGAGGAGUCCGUGCUGCCUUUAGGCGCUCAGCAAAUAGAACUCAUCUUGAAUCGGGAUUUGAACUCGAUCCCUCUUUUUGGGUAGCCACUUAGCCACAGAUCCCUCUAUUUGGGUAGCCACUUAGCCACAGAUCUCUCUAUUUGGGUAGUCACUUAGCCACAGAUCCCUCUAUUUGGGUAGCCACUUAGCCACAGAUCCCUCUAUAUGGGUAGCCACUUAGCCACAGAUCCCUCUAUUUGGGUAGCCACUUAGCCACAGAUCCAUCUUUUUGGGUAGCCACUUAGCCACAGAUUCCUCUUUUGACGUUAUCAAACACGGCCAAAGUAAUUUCGAUAAUAUCCAUAAGUUGUGCUGACACAUGUCUGGCAGAUGUCAGUUCAAUGCCAGUUAAGUCAGACAACUCGAUCACGGAUAUCACACCAUUCUCUGUUACAAAGCAAUUUUCGUUGUGUAUUUACUGCAUAAUGUCUAUCAGUCUAUCUGGUAAAAUGUUUGUACACGUUAUUUCUUCCACACCCAGUCUCGGAUUAAGCUCAAAUUUUGCAUACUUAUUUCUUUUACCUGACAAAACAAAAAUCCAUUUUUAAAACAGUUAAUUAACUAUUGGUAAUUAAUUAUUUUGUUCAGUAUCUCGAACAAGGGAAAGAACUUGAACUUGACUAAUAUGGUGGUAUAAGCUGAAUUAGUCCUCUUUAUACUUUGCAAAGAGAAAAUUUUAAAACUAACACAAAAAAACUUUUUUUUCCCAUAAGCACUUCCCUGGCACAGUGGUUAACGUGAGGGUGAUCAGGCUUUAGCCCUCGAGUUUGAAUUCAGGUCGUUUACAUUUUUUAAAAAAUAAAUGCAUUUAAAAAGCGAUCACCCAAAUACCCCCUUUUUUUCUCCCCCACCCCUUUCCAUUUUCCAGACACGUGAUAGGAUCAUAGCGUAGUGAGAAAGCUAAAAUCUUGAAAUUAUGCUAAGCAAAACAAUUGGUAAAAAUAUUUAUAAUCGGCACAGAAUUAUUAUAGUUAGCUUGCAUGACAGAUCCAAAGUAACUGGUAAUACUACACUUAAUCAAAGAUUGUGUUAGUGUUUUUCUUCUCCCUGUUACAUGUAGAAAGGAAAUAAAUUUCUUAGACUUGUCAACGUUAGCUUGGCGACUUAUAAAGCUUUAGAGCAGCGGUUCUCAACCUUUUAAGCUUGGCGACCCCUUUUUACAAUAUACCACUCUGCCGCGACCCCCCCCCCCCCAAAUAGACACACACAGCAAUAGAAGAAAAGACAAUAACAAUCCUUAUUUUUGAUGUUCUUAGGCGACCCCUGGCAAAUCGUCAAUCGAUCCCCAAGGGGGUCGCGACCCACAGGCUGAGAACCCCUGCUUUAGAGGGACCCGAAACCAUUUUGUCAUAAAUUUGCUACAACUGAAUCAAUGUCUAACCAUUUCACAAGGUCUAGUCCUCAGCUCUGGUACUAUUCUAAACUGGUCUUUGAAUACUUGUACAUUUACUUACUGAGCCUAAUCAUAUGUGAUUUCUUUUCUAGGUAGUAUUGGAAUGAUUCUAGUGUUUGUGUCCAUGUAUGUGUCGUUGUGUAUGUACUGACAAAACUUUGUAUGCAAUGAUAAUACUAUAUUAUCGCUGGUUUAAAAAAAUCUUUGCAAAUGAAAAUACUUUCGAAUUAGACCACACAAGAUAUAAGACUAUACUGGUAAUACCAUUGUAAUAAAACAUAUACUAUAAUUGUGUCAUUCUAA